AUGACAGCUAUCUUCACCAAGGAAGCGGCCAACGCGCUGAAAAGCCACAAAGCCAAGGAAAACCUGGGCUGCGAAUCUCUGACCCAGCAGAUCCACACUCUUCAGACAGAACUGCUCCGUUUAAGCCGAGAGACGGUGGACGCGUUCGACAACGACCUGGACGUGGAGUCCUCCGAUCUGCCCAUCUACGACCGACAAUCGACCAUUUCACAGCUCGACCGGGCCGCCACGGAGCUCGCUCUGACUCAGGGACGCGUGGACGUGCACAGCGACAUCUUUGACAAGGUGGUGAACCAGGUCACGGAAGCCAGCGAAAAAUGGGUGGCGUGGGAAAAGACAAACAAGGAGAAGGAGAACCAAAGCCCCGAUCAUACCCCAGAUGAUGACGAACAAGAGGGAGAUGGCGUGAAGGACGCAAACGAAAACGCACCCAAAGUGCCGGAUAUCACCAAGCUGUACGCAACAACCCUGGCCAAGUCGCUGCCAGAGCCCACAAAGAAAUCACGUGCGCUGAUGCUGAAAAAGUCGCGUGAUCUCAGAAAACACAAGGAGACGCUGCUGUGGAUGCUCAUGCCCGAGAUUGAUCUUGGCGACAGCGACAAGUGGUGGAUUUCUCUGGGAAGUCUGGUUUCGAAACACGUGGGACGGGAAGGCCUGGCCCCCGAACCCAAUGGGUAUGGCCUUUCGGAGGACGAUUCAGACGACGAGCUGUUUGUGUCUCGAAAGUCCAAUCUCAAGUGUCCCAUCACACGGGACUAUUUGGAGAACCCUGUACGAGCGAUUGUGUGCAAGCAUCUGUUCUCUGGCGAGGCUUUCAAGCAGUGGCUGCAGCAGACCCAGGGCCGAAACCAGUGUCCUGUUGCCGGCUGCAACAACCACCUGCGGAGGAUGGCCGAUGUGGAGGCCGAUGAAGAUGUGGUUAGACGAGUCAAGAGACUGAAGAGAAACGUGGAGAAGAAGCACAAGGAGAGAGAGACACUCGGUACGCAGCGGAUUUAG